AUGAAACAUCACCAGGACUUCAGUGAGGGCCCACUCUCCAGGUCUAUCCCCGGGCCAGUAUGGGGAUUUGCCUCGCCUCCAGGAAGGAGGGACUUGUCCCCUCCAGGGGUCUCUUCUUUCCCUCGCCCGGACGGUAAGGGUCUUCUCUCCCACGGGCAGAGAGGCGGCUCCCGGGGAGCCCCCGAGGGGGGGGUUGUCGCACUCCCCGCUCUCCCCGGCCGGCCUGGGCAGCAGGGUCCGGGAGGCCGCGGCUCCGCACCCCCGUCACUGGCUACUGUGGCGGCAGCGCCUCUUCUAGCCGCGUCCCGUCCGGUCCGCUCACUCCGCGCGUGGGGCUCCCCGCGCUGCCACCUCCUGGGCUCCAGCCAGUCCGGGCUCCCGCGGAGCCAGAAGGCGGACGGACAGUGUCAGGGCUCGGCUCGGGCUCGGGCUCGGCUCGGCUCCGCUGCAGGCCCCGGCUCCUCCCCGGCCUCCGCGCCGCACUCCGAGCCCCUCCCCCUCCCCCGCCCGCCGGGCCGCCGCCGCGGCCUCCCCGCGAGGGUUAAGGAGGAGCGGGCGGCGCGGGGCUGCGGGCCUCGCCGCGGGGAGGCGCUGCGCCCGGGGAGCGGCGUCGCUGCACUCCCGCUCCCCUGCGACCCCGCCACUGCCCACGGGGACUGGCGCCGCCCGGAGUCCCCUCCGGCCGCCACCGGGACGCCUCGCUCCCUGCAUCUCUCCAUCCACCCAAGGGGCCCACCUCCUGCUCUGCACCCGGAGAUUCCCUUGUUCGCACCGUGCGCGAACUGUCAAUUCUGAUUUGACACUAAUUCUGCCAAGGUGGAGGUGUAGGUGGAUAUGCUUUGCUUCCUCGCCCAACCAAAAUAAGGACAACGACCAAUUUAAAAACUGCCAGAAAAUCUAACUGUACGGAAGUCCAAAAAAUAAGGAGCUAAAAAAGAAACAUUCAUCUAGACUGGUGCGCUGAGACAAAGAAACAUGGCCCAAAUGAAAGAACAGAUCAAAGCUCCAGAAAAAGAACUAAGCAUCAAGGAGAUAGCCACCUAUCAGAUACAGCGUUCAAAACACUGGUGAUCAGGGUGUUCAUAGAAAUGAUUGAGCACGGAUGCAAAAGAGAGGAAGAAGUGAAAUUGUGUAAAUGUUAAAGGGACUUAUCUAAGAAAAAGAAAAAGAUCAAAACUGUGAACAGUAAAAUGACAACAGACUCACAACUAUCAACAACUGAACCUAAAACAAAAACAAAAAUAAAAACAAACUAUGCAAACAACUAGAACAGGAACAGAAUCACAAAAAUAGAGAUCACAUGGAGAGUUAUCAGUGGGGAGAGAGAGGGAUGAGAAUGAGGGAAAAGGUACAGGGAAUAAGGAGCAAAAAUGGUAGGUACACCUAAAAGACAGGGGAAGUUUAAGAAUAGUAUAGGAAACAGAGAAGCCAAAGGACGUAAUGUACGACCCAUGGACAUGAACUAAGG